ACAACCAGUGGCAACCGCAAAGCUGUUAUAUAUUGGCUAUAGAUCCAUCAUUAUGGCUCAAUCAUCGUUUUUAGCCUCAAUGCUUUACCUUUCAGUCAAUCAUGACCGAGUCACGAGAUUGUCAGAGUCAACACGAUGACCCCGAAGCCCUCACCCGCCAAAAGUCCUCGCAAUCCUCCAUUACUCCUCCGAAAACACUCUGGAAGGAAAUUAUUUUCGUGGUCGUCGUGUCCAUGGCCCAAUUUAUGACCCAGGUUGGUCUUUGUAUGUCAAUUGCCCCUAUAUACCGCAUCGCACACAGCUUCAAUACCUCCAACUUGGGGGAGCUUAGCUGGUUCGCAGCUGCAUACAGCUUGACUGUGGGCACUUUCAUUCUCGUUGCAGGUCGAUUUGGAGAUGUCUAUGGACACAAGCUCAUGUUUAUCAUCGGCUUUUCCUGGUUCGGGCUAUGGUCGCUCCUGGCUGGGUUCAGUGUUUGGUCCGGUCAAGUCUUUUUCGACUGCUGCCGGGCCUUUCAGGGCAUUGGUCCAGCCAUACUUCUGCCCAAUGCCCUGGCCAUCCUGGGUCGAGCAUAUCCUCCUGGUCUACGAAAGGGGAUGGUUUUUUGCUUUUUCGGGGCAACCGCACCAAACGGGUUCAUUCUUGGGGGUGUCUUUUCCUCUCUGCUCGCCCAGAAAGUCUGGUGGCCCUGGGCAUAUUGGAUCAUGGCUAUUGUUUGCUUCCUCAUAGCCUUCCUGGGCAUCAUUGUAAUUCCGCAAGAGCCACGACGCAAGUUCACCGAUGACCUGUCACCCUGGAUCCGACUAGACCUCUUAGGCGCGGCUACCGGCAUCUCAGCCUUAGUGCUGAUCAACUUUGCAUGGAACCAGGCUGCCCUCGUCGGCUGGCCAAUGCCCUAUACCUAUAUCUUACUCAUAGUCGGUUUCGUCUUGCUUGCUUUCUUCGGACUCGUCGAAUGCACCGCGAAAUGUCCGCUCCUUCCCCGAUCCAUCUUCACAGGUGACCUAGCCUGGGUAUUAGGCUGCAUCGCCGCAGGCUGGUCCAGUUUCGGGAUCAUAAUCUACUACUUCUUUCAAUUUAUGGAAGUUAUCAAGGGCGAUAAUCCCCUGCUCGCCACGACAAAGUGGGUUGCCGCAGGGCCGUCCGGCGCCAUCGCAGCCCUGGUCACUGCCUUCCUCCUUGGUCGUACCCCUCCAAGCGUCAUCAUGUUUUGCGCCAUGCUCGCUUUUACAGCAGGCUUGACUAUAUUCGCCACGCUCCCGGUCCAUCAGACCUUCUGGGCACAGGCUUUUGUCACGUCACUAAUCACUUGCUGGGGGAUGGACAUGUCUUUCCCGUCCGGAACACUUAUUCUCAGUAACGCCAUGCCUCGCGAGCAUCAAGGUCUGGCCGGUUCGCUUGUCAGCACCACGGUCAACUACUCUAUUUCACUUGGAUUGGGAUUUGCCGGAACCGUCGAGUCCAAUAUUAAUGAUGGUGGUCGCGAUGUACUUCGAGGAUUCCGUGGCGCUUUAUAUAUUGGGAUUGGUCUGGCAGGAUUGGGCGUGGUUGUGUCUAUUUGCUUUAUGUUUGUGUCCUGGCGGCGAUACCGGAAGGGAUCUGGUCGUUCGUAA